CCACACCUCUCAGCUCAGCAUUUUCAUAUGCAUGCAGCAACUUACACAACCUGCUUUCACAGGCAACGAUCGACUCAGGAGUUUUGAAGGAGAUAUACCUCAAAAUGCCAACCGAAAACUACGACGACUAUUACAACCUAUCACCGACCUCAACCCAGGUCUGCAAAAACGACAAUGUAAGGUCAUUCAGCCGGAUUUUCCUGCCAACCAUCUACAGUGUUGUCUUUAUUGUGGGGUUCAUUGGAAAUGGUCUGGUAGUGUCUGUGUUGGUCAAGUAUCAUAAAAAAUCAAAUGUGACAGAUGUGUGCCUUUUCCAUCUGGCACUUUCAGACCUCCUCUUCCUUCUCUCAUUGCCUUUCUGGGCUCACUACGCUGCCAUUACUGACUGGAUCUUUGGGAGCUUCAUGUGCUAUGCAGUGACAACGCUCUACAUGCUGGGAUUCUAUGGAAGCAUCUUCUUCAUGGUCCUCAUGACCGCACACCGCUAUACUAUUACUGUUCAUGCCCGUAACUCCAACUUCACCAAGCACUGGUCUGUCAGAGCUAGCUUAUUGCUGGUUUUUUUUAUGUGGGCAAUCAGCUUGGGAGCUUCUCUGCCAAACAUAAUUUUUGCCCAAGUGAAUCUGGCAAAUGAAUCGAACAUAUCAACUUGCAAAGUGGAAUAUCCAGGAAAAGCAUGGAGGUCAUUCUCUUACAUCGAGCUGAAUGUUUUAGGGUUGAUUGUUCCUCUCUCAGUGAUGGUGUUCUGCUACUCACGCAUCAUCCCUGUCUUGAAAGCCAUGAAAUCUAAAAAAAAACACAAAGCUGUCAGGCUCAUCUUUGUCUUGUUCACAAUUUUCCUCCUCUUCUGGAUGCCUUACAACAUUGUCAAUUUCCUGAUGUUCCUGCAACAGUUUGGUUACAUGAACAACUGUCAGUGGCACAAGGACCUAAACAUGGCUAUGCAGUGGGUGGAAUCCAUAGCAUUCUGUCACUGCUGCCUCAACCCCAUAAUCUAUGCCUUUGUUGGGGAGAAAUUCAGGAAUUUAGCCCUCAAAAUUCUGAAAGAGUGGUUUCCUCUUUGCUUUGGUCAGUACUCAACAACUGUCAAUCAAUUCUCAAUGAGGAGGAGCUUUAUGUCCUUACGCACUGCAGAAAUUUCCAGCUCAAAGACUGUGUAGCCAGAACUGGUCUGAUAACUGAUAACUGCCAUUGCAUGUUAUCGGCUUAGCAUUUGUAAAGCAAUUCAAAAUCUGCCAUUUGUUUCUCCUUUUUCAGAAGAAAGAUUAAUCAUUAUUUUACUUCUUGGUUAAUGACAUUUUUGUUUUGUUUAUGCAAUCUCAUAUGUUUUGUUCUUCAUUUCAAACAAAGUUUUAGUCCUGUGAGCCCUUUGAGUAAAAUCUACUUAUUCUAAAUACUGCCAACUGAGAUGUUAUCACAUUAAGUUAGUAUUAUUAAUAUUAUUAAGCCUUUGCUUGUAUUUCACUUGUUCUAAUUGCACUGUGUAACAGAUAGAAACAAAAAUGAACCUUACCACCUGAUUAUCUUGCUUGUUAAGACAGGACAAUGAACACUAUAAUGUAAGGUUUACAUUACAACACUACUAUUAUUAUUCUCAAGUCAAUUAUUUUCCAAUAAAUGCAUAUUUAACAUUUAAAGUUUAGUGUUAUUCAGUUCCUGUUAUCAAUUAAAGCAGCUUGAAACAUUUGUUUCCUCAACAAAUGUUCUAUUUCUCUUUAAGUUGUUAAGCAGAAUUUUUUUUUUUCUCUCUCAACAAGUCUUCUUUCAUCUCAACUAUUCAGAGUAGGUAAUAAAAACUAGCUCAUGACCAGACAAAUAAUUCUGUGCAACAUGACACAUGCACAUUUUGCUUUUAACUAAGGCAUGCAUCUGAGUUUCUAGACUGCUUUGCCUACAAACCCGGAUGUUUGUAGGCAUGCUGACCCCUAUACUGUAAAAUGUAUUUACUAGUGUUUAUAUAUUUGUAUAUGCAAAUACCUAGUGGGCAUCCAUAAUAACAGCCCAUGUAAACAGCCUGUACUAUCAGACUCUGGUUUAUGACACUUUUCCAGCUAACUACAUUUUCAUUUUGCGACUGCCAUUUGUAAUUGAAAUACUGCUUUCAAUGUGAUAUGCAUGUGACAAAUUACUACAAAUACUUCAGAAGCGCUUUCUGCAUGAAUUCAUGGUUCCGUGUAGCUCCGUGUUUCAUAUGUGUCUAUAUACAAGCUGGAUUUGUUCAGUGGGUUUUUUAAGCUAUUGUACCGCUGGGUACCACUUGGUAGAGUAAAUACUGAAACCAACAACAAGUGUUCUGUGAACCUUAAAUCUCUUAUUCUGAAAUUUGUUGAAACCUUGUGAUGUUUAUGCUUUUUUCUUACACAUAUACAUACUAAAAUCAGGAACAGCCACAGGAUUUUGACAAAUCAAAUGUACCAAUAAAUUUCACUGCAGUUUAAACCCUCAAAAAGCUGACCCGUUGACCUAGCAGUCCAUCAGCUAACCGUGAAACCCAAAACGUUUCUGUAGGCUGGAUUACAUUUUUAAGCAUAGCCACCAAGAAAAUAAAAAAAUAAAAAAAACAAGAAGAAAAAACCAAAGGCUUAGAAUUUAUAAUAGGCUAUAUUGUAUAGCCUAUUGUUAACAAUAGUAAUGAGUAUACAGGAAAAUUCACAAUAGUAAUGAGUAUACAGGACAUAAGCUUUUCAUAGUCUUUAAACAAGAAUUUACAGUAUCACUGAGACAGAGACAGGAGUCAGAGCUGGAAGUAGCAGAGCUGAAGAUGUUGAGGUUCUCUUUGGGAGUGACAAGGUUGGACAGGAUCAGGAACGAGUACAUCAGAGGGACAGCUCAUGUUGGACGUUUGAGGGACAAAGUUAGAGAGGCCAGGUUUAGAUGGUUUGGACAUGUCCAGAGGAGGGAGAGUGACUAUAUUGGUAGGAGAGUGUUGGACAUGGAGCUGCCAGGCAGGAGGAAAAGAGGAAGGUUUGGCCUAGGUAUUUGGAUGUAAUAAAUGAAGACAUGAAGCUAGUGGGUGUAAGUGUUGAGGAUGCAGAAGAUAGGGAUAGGUGGAGAGAGAUGAUUCGCUGUGGCGACCCCUGAAGGGAAAAGCCGAAAGAAGAAGAAGAAGAGUCUUUAAACAAGAAUUAGUGAUAAGAUAUAUAUGACUAAUUCUUCACUUCUAAUUCUAACUAUAAUUUGAGGGAGUUGACCUUCUUGGAGAGAGAUGACAUGGCAAUAACUUGUAGCUGAAGACUGUGACAAGUGAAUUCUACAGCAGUAUUUUUCAAUCUUACCUGGAAAAAGUACAGAUGCAUGAUUUCAGACCAACCAAUCAGAAGUCAAACAAAUUCCACAGAAAAAAAGAAAGCACUCAUAAGGACAAUGGAAUGGUUUAAGAAACAAGACAACGGCAUCACGGCAUCCAAAUGUCAAUCCACUUGCAGGACUUUAAGGAUCAUCUGAUAAAGUCAUGUCAGCUGAUAGUCAUGUCAAAGCAAAUCUUCAGCGGUCUAAUAGACUCCAUGCCUUUAAGUCCAUGGCUACAUGAUAUUAAGCAAAUGAUUUGAAUGUUAUGACUGUUUUCCUAUUCUGCUUAAAUGGCCUAUAUCUUAAUCCACCACUGAAGCAAUGAGUUAAUAUUUAGAGUUCAAUACACUUGAUCAAGGGUUAUAAGAUUAUCUAAUGUUAUAUCUAUAACUUCUACUAUAUUUGU